UGCGACUCCAUCGGGAACCAACGCCUCCGGGUCGCCGAAGCAUGAACGUAGGGAAUCCCCGGAUCGUUUGUCUUGCGCUCACCGUUAUCGCCUUCUUCCAAAGAGGGUGGGCCAUCGACUGUUUCAAGUGUGUCUCGAUCGAUGGCGACAACAAACCCUGCGAUGACCCAUUUCACAACAAUGGGAGCCGCGCUUUCUUGGAGUCGCCCUGCUUAGGAGGUAGGAAAGGCCGGGAUGGCCUCUUCCCAGCGACUGCUUGUCUCAAGAUUGCCGGCGUAUAUGAUGAAUCCGGUGUGACCUUGAUGGUGAGGGGUUGCGCAUUGGACAGCGGAACCUUGACAACGGAUUCCGAGAUUAUCAGAAUGUCCCACUGCGGUGGUUUCUAUUUCGACGACAAGUACGUGCGCGGAUGUGUGCAAUCUUGCAGCGAUGCGGACGCGUGCAACGCGUCGUCGAGGAAUCUCGCGCCGCUGAUCGUCCUUGUGUUGCCGAUUCUCGCGGGACUCGCGUGAUCCAUUUACACUCCGCGACGCGAGUGCAAUCAGACGUUUUUUCGAGAACUGACCGAUUUGAGUUACAAAAUUCAUUGUUAAUACUGAAAAUCUAUAGCACACGUUAUGAGUAUUAUAGAUUUUCAGUAUUAACACUGAAUUCAGGAUUAGAAGAAAUCGACGAACGACAUUGAGAAAUUACAACAGCGAGUGCGUUGUAGUGGUUAUUAACGAUGAUCUUUCUCAUUAAAUCUUAUAAUACAAUUAAGCAGACCACAUAGUGAAUAUACUGCCAGAUUUUGAUUAAUAAGCUAUAGUCUCAUUAUUUUCAAGCAGCAAUCCA